AUGGAUGGGCAACAAUCGUCACCACAAUCCAACGUCCUCCUCGCUGGCCUCUGCUGCCGCGACAAUGUGCACCUCGUCGUCGGCACCAACCCUCUCGCCGCCGCCCGCUGCGCGCAGUCCCUCGCGGCUGGCGCGCGCCCGAUCCUCGUGGCCCCCGCGACCGCGGCCGAGGACAUGCACUACAACCUGCAGGCCAAGAUUGACGACGGCAGCGUCAAGUGGGAGCGCAAGCCGCUCGAGGAUGCGGACCUGUUCCGCCUCGGCCGGGACGAGGUCGACAACGUGGUCGACGCCGUCUUCAUAACCACCGGCAACCGCGAGACCAACGCCCACUUCGCUGCCCUCUGCCGUCGCAACCGCAUCCCCGUCAACGUCGUCGACGCCCCGGACCUCUGCACCCUCACGCUGCUGUCCACGCACGUCGACGGCCCGCUCCAGAUCGGCGUCACCACCAACGGUCGCGGCUGCAAGCUGGCCUCGCGCAUCCGCCGCGAGAUCGCCGCCUCGCUGCCCGCCCACCUCGGCGCCGCCACCGCCCGCCUCGGCGACGCCCGCCGGCGCGUCAUCCAGCAAGACCGCUGCGAAACGACGCCCACCGGCGACGACGACGACUCGACCGGCCAGAGCGCCGCGUUCAACAAACUCGUCACCCCGCAGGACGCCGAGGACGCCAAGACCCGGCGCAUGCGCUGGCUGAGCCAGGUCUGCGAGUACUGGCCGCUGAGCCGGCUGGCCGCCGUCACCGACGAGGACGUCGCCCGGCUGCUGACCAGCUACCCCGGCGCCACCACCGACCCUUCCUUUUCUUCCUCCCCCCCCGGCGGCGACGACGACAACGCACCGAAAAGGCUCGGCCGGCUCAUCCUCGCCGGUAGCGGGCCCGGCCACCCAGACCUCCUCACGCGCGCCACCCACCGCGCCAUCCUCGCCGCCGACCUCGUCCUCGCCGACAAGCUGGUCCCCGCCGGCGUGCUCGCCCUGAUCCCGCGGCGCACGCCCGUGCGCAUCGCCCGCAAGUUCCCCGGCAACGCCGACGCCGCGCAGGAGGAGCUCCUCGCCGCCGCCCACGCCGGCGUGCUCGCCGGCCAGACCGUCCUGCGCCUCAAGCAGGGGGACCCCUUCCUGUACGGCCGCGGCGGCGAGGAGGUCGCCUGGUUCCGCGCGCGCCGGCUCGGUCACCUCGUCGCCGUGCUGCCGGGGGUCACCAGCGCGCUCUCCGCGCCGCUCUUCGCCGGCGUGCCCCCGACCCAGCGCGACGUCGCCGACCAGGUCCUCGUCUGCACCGGCACGGGCAAGAAGGGCGCGGCGCCGGCGCCGCCAGAGUUCGUCGCCUCGCGCACCGUGGUCUUUUUGAUGGCGCUGCAUCGCAUCACAGCGCUCGUAGGGGAACUCACAACCACCACUGAGCAGGAGCAGGGCAAGGCGGCGGCGGAGGCGGCGGCGCAGAACCGGACGCUGUGGCCGUUGACGACGUCGUGCGCGGUCGUGGAGCGCGCGAGCUGCCCGGAUCAGCGCGUCAUCCGCACCACGCUGGCGCAUGUGGCGGAAGCUAUCGAGGCGGAGGGCAGCCGACCUCCGGGACUGCUGGUUGUCGGCGCCGCAUGCGAGGCUCUCGAGGGCCCGCUGCCGAGGGGCCGCGCGUGGCUCGUCGAGGAGGGCUUCCGUGGGCUAGAUGGACUCGACGGCUUGGAAGCCAUGGUCGCCGCAGGGUUGGAAGGUGGUGUCGCCACGGCGUGA